ACCCGGGUGAUGAUGAAUGUAGAACUGGUGAAAAACUCUACUGACCAGUCUCUGGGAAUGAUGGUGAAGGAUGAGCUGUUACCAGACAGGCUUCACCCAGUAGUGAUGAUUGGUGAGGUCAGCGUGGGGUCUCCAGCACACAUGGCUAACAUUCAGCAGGGUGAUAUUUUGACUGGUGUCGCGGGUAACAAGGUCACAUCUGCUAAACAAGCUAUGAAGAAUCUCAAGUGGGCCAAAGACAGAAUUCAGAUCCAGGUUGAAAGGCCUGGCAUUGAGUUGUCCACACCAGCCUCAACAAAAGAUGAUAUAUCUCUGGUUCCACAAAAAGCCAGCAGCUGGCACAAUGGAUGCAUGCCUGAGAAAACCCUGGAUACUGAGGUGCUCCCAAACUCUAGCACCAACUCAUCAGCUCCUUCACAGUUCAGUACAGGGUCACCCAAAUUCAGAAGUCAGGUCAAGGAG